AGGAACCUUACUGGAACCUUUUAAGAGCUGGAGAAAGCGGUUCUUCUCUGAGGAGACGGCAGAGAUGGGGAGCGGAAUCAGUGCUGAGGACAAAGAACUUGCCAAGAGGUCCAAGGAGCUGGAAAGGAAGCUGCAGGAGGAUGCGGAUAAGGAAGCCAAGACCGUCAAGCUGCUGUUGCUUGGUGCUGGAGAGUCAGGAAAGAGCACUAUCGUCAAGCAGAUGAAGAUCAUUCACCAGGAUGGAUACUCACCAGAAGAAUGCCUAGAGUUCAAAUCUGUCAUCUAUGGGAACGUGCUGCAGUCCAUCCUGGCCAUCAUCAGAGCCAUGUCCACGCUAGGCAUUGACUAUGCCGAACCAAGUUGUGCGGAUGCCGGUCGACAGCUCAACAACCUGGCCGACUCCAUUGAGGAGGGGACCAUGCCCCCUGAGCUGGUGGAGGUCAUCAGGAAGUUGUGGAAGGACAGUGGGGUUCAAGCCUGCUUUGACAGAGCUGCAGAGUUUCAGCUCAAUGACUCGGCAUCUUACUACCUGAACCAGCUAGACCGGAUUACAGACCCUGACUACCUCCCUAAUGAGCAAGACGUGCUUCGAUCCAGAGUCAAAACCACAGGCAUCAUUGAGACCAAGUUUUCGGUUAAAGAUUUGAAUUUCAGGAUGUUUGACGUGGGAGGGCAGAGAUCAGAGAGAAAGAAGUGGAUCCACUGCUUUGAGGGAGUCACCUGUAUCAUCUUCUGUGCGGCUCUCAGUGCCUAUGACAUGGUGCUGGUGGAAGAUGACGAAGUGAAUCGCAUGCACGAGUCUCUGCAUCUGUUCAACAGCAUCUGUAACCACAAGUUCUUUGCGGCCACCUCCAUCGUUCUCUUCCUCAACAAGAAGGACCUCUUUGAGGAGAAAAUUAAGAAAGUCCACCUCAGUAUUUGUUUUCCGGAGUAUGAUGGGAACAACUCCUAUGAGGACGCUGGGAAUUAUAUCAAGAACCAGUUCCUUGACCUCAACAUGAGAAAAGAUGUCAAAGAAAUCUACAGUCACAUGACUUGUGCUACAGACACACAGAAUGUCAAGUUUGUGUUCGAUGCAGUCACAGACAUUAUCAUCAAAGAAAACCUCAAGGACUGCGGGCUCUUUUAAUGCUCAGUCAGUUCCUCAGGUAUACACUCUACAAGCAGGCUUAGAAUCGGAGACCUCGUGCAGAAAACUAGUCAACAAGUACCGGGACAUGACAACUAAGGCCAUUCUGUUGGAGAUACAGAAGGCAUGCUUGCUUUUCAACUAGUGCGGCUAGUCGGUUUAAAGAAUGCAUGGGCAAGGAUCCUAAGACCCAGCUUCCAGUACUGGUUCUGCUCAGCACAACCGAAACACUUCAUUUUCUGAAGCAAAAUUCCCCCAUCUGCAUAACGAAGGUAGCUUUCUUACCUACUUCACAGGGCUAUUCUGAAGAGCACAACCCUAACUGAAGGAAAAACACAUGGAAGGAAGCUGCUGUGGUUGGCCACAGAAAGCCCAUAAAGGCUGCAACUGAUGGAUUUCCACACUUGCUCAUUAGAAUGAACUAUCUCAAAGUGUAAGAGCAAACCUUCCUUACAAUGAGCGAUGAACUAUUAAAAAUUAAACCUGGCCCUGGGUUUUUAUUAGCAGAUCAAUAUGCCUCAGCUCAGGGACCUGGAUCACUAGAGAGGAGAUGUGAGCCUGCUCAUUUCGAGGGCACUCAUUCAGAAAUGAUCAUCUUUAUUAAAAAACAAAUGAUCUCUCUCCC